AUUGUCAGACUACGACAUCGAUGUCGCUGCAUGUUUUAUUAUUAUUGUUUUGUUGACAUAACGAAACGUAUUAAAUAGUGACAAGCACAGUUUUGCUCCAAGAGCAAUUAAAUUAAAUACUGUCACCAAUAAUCUAAGCUAAAAUGCUAGAAGUUACUUGCAACGAUCGUCUUGGGAAGAAGGUGAGGGUGAAAUGCAAUCCUGACGACACCGUGGGGGACCUUAAGAAGCUGAUUGCUGCGCAGACCGGCACGAGAUACGACAAGAUAGUUCUGAAGAAAUGGUACACCGUGUUCAAAGACCACAUCAAACUAUCGGAUUAUGAAAUCCACGACGGGAUGAACCUGGAACUCUACUACCAAUAAGUCGUUAAUCAA